AUGGCCAAGUCUUCCAAUAAACCCGGAGCGAAGCGCAAGUUCUCCUCAGCUCCAAUCUCAAAGUCUUCCAAGAAGCCUAGAAAUGGUAAAGAAGGCCGUGAAGAACAGACCCCCUCUGGACCGGGAAAACGUCGUCCAGAUCAUCCUAAGAAGAUCAAGUUGAGAGAUCAAAGAUUGAUACCUGUUCCUCGGACGGCUUACGAAGAUGAUUCAGAAAUUGAAGAUCUGGGAGAGGAAGAUUUUGAUAUGGAAGGAUUGGGGAGUUUCGUAGCUGGUGUGGACAAAAAUGCUUUAAGUCGAUCUGUCAAAGAGACAAAACGUCUUCACGCCCUGUCAAAAGCUCAAGAUCCCCCUCCGCAAAGAGUCAAAGCAAAGGAACGUCUUUCGUCACCUGGAUCGGAUAGAAGUACCGAUUACGAGAUGGACCCUAAUGCCGAUUUCGAUUCUGAUCUUGAUGAUCUGUCUGAGAAUGAAGCUGAUGACCACGAGUUGUCCGACAGUGACUUGGAAGGCAUAGAAGAGUCAGAUGAACUCGACAAUCUAGAGUUAGAUGAGGACGACGAGGGCACGGAGGGAGAGGAAGACGAUGAGGACAUCCGAGGGCCAAGAAAAAGGAAACCUCAAGAUAAAGAAGAAGACUACGAACUUAUUGGUCGACAAAGAUGGAUAGCAUCAUCUCCAGAAACAGAAGAGGAUCAUAUGGAAGUCGGUAGAUUACCUAUCAAACUCCCCACCGGUGAAGUUCAACAAGUCGAAGGAACAACUCGUAUUCCCCUCCCUCCUAAACCUAAACCUACCAAGAAGCCUGAGCCCGUCGUGGAAGAAGUUGAAGAGGAAGAAGAGGAAGUUAGUGAUGAUGGUGCGGAAGCAGAGAAGAUGGCAGGACAGAAAGGUCGAUUUGGUCGAAUGGGAAUAUCAGAAAUUAUCUCUCAGAAGGAAUGGAGGAAUUCUCAGAAGUUGGAUGCUGCGAAAGAACAGAUAGCUCAACUCGGUGCGCAGAUUAUGGCCGGUGGUGAGCUCGUUGAUAACGGUCCGCUGCUUACACGAUUAUCGACGUACGCUUUACCCUCCGUUCCUGCUGUAGAUGAGGGGGGAGGGGAGAGGAAGCAAAUCCUUGUUCCAGCUUCGAUCAGAGGAUUGGCACUUUUAUCUCAGUUAGCUGUGUUCAAAGAUCUCAUUCCGGGAUACCGAAUACGUCAGUUGACUCAACAAGAAGAGGCCGAGAAAGUCAGGGAUGAGGUUAAAAGGUUGAGAGAGGGGGAAAAGGUAUUAGUGAAAUGUUAUAGAGGGUAUUUGAAGAUGUUAGAAGCAGAAGUCAAAUCCCGGAGUACAUUAGCUUCACUUAGCUUGAAAUGCUUGUGUGAACUAUUAUCUUCAGUCCCCCAUUUUAACUUUUCCGAGAACAUUAUGGGUGUAUUGGUAAGUCGGCUGGGAAGGAAGUCAUGGGACGAGGAAUCAACACUCAUUCUUCAAACAUUCAUCACUGUCUUCCGAAAUGAUAUCACAUCAUUACAUUCUCAAACCCUCGUCCGACUUGUGGCUCGAAUGAUCAAAGAAAGAAAAUUCCAAGUUCAUCCUAACGUCCUUUCUUGUUUACUGCACUUACGUCUUCGAACAGAAUUGGAUCAUAUGCGUGAAUCGAGGAAAGAACUUGCUCGACAGGCAAAAGAAAAAGAAAGAAAACGUAUGAUGUCGAAGAAAUUCAAAAGUGAAGUGAGAAAGAAGUGGCAGACUAAGAAUGAGAAAAAGAGAGAGAAAGAGAUGAAAGAAACCAAGAAACAAAUGGCUGAAGCUGAGGCGGAGGUUGAUAAAGAGGAAAGAGCUCAUGUUCAAACGGAAACGCUCAAAAACAUUUUUGUCCUCUAUUUCUCUAUACUCAAACAUCCAGGAAAGUCCCCACUGUUAUCAGCAGCAUUGGAGGGUAUUUCACAAUUCGCACACUUUAUCAAUGUCGAUUUCUUCCGUGAUCUUCUCACCGUAUUACGUUUGAUAGUCCUCGACCAACCUAUUCCCAAAGCUGGUUCUUCGUCCAAAGAUGCCAAUUCUCAAGACGAUGAGAAAUCAGAGGAAGAAGGGACAAGAAAUGGAACACACACGAAUGAAAGUGAGAGAAUUCGUACUCGAUUAUUAGCAAUAGCCACGGCCUUCGAUUUACUCUCCGGUCAAGGUGAAGCUUUGACAAUUGAUUUAUCAGCAUUCAUCAACGCUCUCUUCUCCCUUCUCCGAUCUUUAUGUAUCGAUACAGAACUUGAAGAUCCUCCUCUUUCCACCUCUAUCAUCUCUCAACUUCCCCACCCUUCACCAGAUAUAUCAAACUCGCACUUUGUUCCUGAUAAUACGAUCCGGGGUAAAGCAGCAUCAGCAACAGUGAAAGGGUGGUCAACAUCCGAUCUUCUUUUCAGAUGUCUCGAAUCAAUAUUCUUCUCUCGUCAAGCUCCUCCUUCUCCUCCGUGGAGAGCAGCAGCUUUCGCUAAACGUCUCACCGAAUGUUCCCUCCAUUUCCCUCCUUCGACAGCUAAGAAAGCGAUAGGGUUCGUCAGGAAACUAAUGGCUAGACAUUCACAAUUGGAAGGAUUGUUAGAUACAGAAGAAAGAAUGUUUGAUGGGGUUUAUAAACCUGAAUUGGAUGAUCCCCAAUUGAUCAACACUUUUUCGACUAGUUUAUGGGAAGUUCAUCUGUUAGCUGAGGUUCAUAUGAAUGAGGGGGUCAGAGUGGAGAGUAAGAAAUUGAGGGAUAAUGAUAAGACUUGA